GGGCAUAUUUCGGACCAAGAUGGCGCCCGUAGGCGAGAGAAACGAGAAUAUGGGUGCGAUAGCGGGCGAUGAUGACGAUAAUGAAGCUCAGAAUCUUUGGGCCACCAUCUUGGGAGAAGUCCAGUCAAGUUCUGCAUCAAACCUUCCUUCAACAAAAUCAGUAUUAUUACUUGGAGACAAUGAAAGUGGAAAAACAACUCUAGUAGCAAAAUUACAAGGUGUAGAAGAACCAAAGAAGGGCACAGGUUUAGAGUACUACUUCAUAGAUAUAAAAGAUGAAUACAGAGAUGAAAAAGCUCGAUUAGGAGUAUGGGUGUUAGAUGGUGACCCCAGUCACAAUGGUUUACUCAAAUACUGUAUAACAAAGGACAAUUUUGAACAUAAUCUAGUCUUAUUAGUGGCAUCCAUGUCUAAUCCAUGGUCAAUUAUGGAGUCUCUUGAGAAAUGGACAUCUGUUCUCCGAGAACACAUUGACAGGCUCAAACUACAGCAUGAGGAUCGCAGAGAAUAUGAGGAAAGUUUGGUGAGGUUCUUCCAGGAGUACACCGAGCCAGAGGAGGGUCAGACUUCACAGUCUGUUGUCGCUCCUCGGCGAGAUGUGAACCCCCUCCAUCCCUCUGCCUCUCAUACAGAGGAAGACAGAGUGUUACUACCCCUCGGAGAAAAUACUCUGUCACAGAACCUAGGUAUUCCAAUUGUAGUGGUCAUUACCAAGACUGAUGCAAUAUCAACACUAGAGAAAGAGCAUGACUACAGAGAGGAGCAUUUUGACUUCAUCCAGCAACACAUAAGGAAAUUCUGCUUACAAAUUGGUGCUGCCUUAGUGUACACGUCGGUGAAGGAAGAUAAAAACUGUGAUUUGUUGUAUAGGUAUUUAGAACAUAGAAUAUAUGGAUUCCCCUUCUCACAACAGGCAUAUGUUGUAGAAAAAGACAGUGUAUUUGUUCCUACUGGCUGGGAUAAUGAGAAGAAGAUCAAGAUUUUAUAUGAAAACCUGAGCAGUAUGAAGGCUGAGGAUUGUUAUGAAGAUGUUAUAGUGAAACCAAUGACAAGAAAGCCUGUGCAACGGGAUGCUGAGGUAAUAGCUGAAGAUGAACAAGUUUUCUUGGUGAAACAGCAAAUGCAGUUGAGCAAACAGCCAGCACCUGGUGCUGCUGGAGAGUCACCUCUACGACCACCAGCAGCUGCGACCAACAAGCAAAGUACAUCACCCCGACCAACAACCCCUCAGGCCAGUAGUUCUCCUAAAAAGCUGGAUGGCAAGAAUCCUCAGAACACCAGUGAAGGGAUGUUGGCAAACUUCUUCAACAGUCUACUGAACAAGAACACACGCACACCUGUCCCUACAAAAGCAGACAAGGCUGCUGUAACACGGGAUGCCACAGCUGAGCUGGAGAGACUGACACGAUCAAAGAAAACACCUGAGGUGAAACCAAAUGGACCUGACAGUGCUGCGUCCUGAUCUUGUAGAGAGAUGCGAGGACAACUGACCAUACACCAAAGUAGUACAGAUCCACACCAAGCCCUCUACAGCCAGACAAUAUUUCGACAAUAUCAAGAUUUUGCCACUGCCUCUUAAAUCAUCUUUGGCGACUUUCUUGAAUUUAUCUGCAGCCUUUUCAUCAGUGUUGUGUUCAAAAUGACUUUUUAUAAAGUCAAGCAGACUUAUCAGUUAUUCAAUGAAUGGGUUGUAAGUUAGUCUGGCCCAAUUAUUUUGACAGGUCUAAAGACAAAGCUGUAUUAUGCUGGUGUGUGUAUCUGUGUAUCCAGCCAGGUGUCUGAGAUCUGUGGUGCGCUCAAAGUACACAGAUGUACAAGUUCAUUAAUUAUACAUACCUACUUGACCCUUAAACUAUUCUACAAUAUCUCAAAAUAGAAACAGGAAAGUCCUAUCAUAGCGUUACUAUGGUGAAUUAAACUUGCAUCCUGGUAAGUUAGUAUAACACCUGUUUAAUUAUACAGGGUACAGUAAUAAUGUACUGUUUAAAGAGUCCCAGUGUUUGGAGACGUCCUAUAUUAUUAUAGGCUAGGAUACCUGUAUUAGUAGAUAUUGCAGAAUUUGUUAAUAAAUCUGCCAUCUUUUCGUAGGGGUCCUAUAUAUUGGGAUAUAUCUGGCUGAUCACUUGGGAUAUAGGAAAAAUUACUCCCUGUUCAGUGAUUCUGAAAUUAAGAAGAAAGACUGGUAUACUUUCUUUUCAGAAGUUAGGAAAAUAAACCUGUACAGUGUUGUAAAAUUUUUAAUGUUUAUUGAAGUAUGCAUGUGCUCUAUAUGUCCCCAGAAAUAGAUGAUUAUAUGUUGAAAAGAAUUAUCACUGAAAGCUACUAUAACGCCAACUGUUAUGCACAUGUGAUACACAAACCUGUACAUGAUGUUUUAUUUAUUUAUGUGUGUAUAGAUGAGAUAUGACAUGUUACCCCCUUGUUUUAAACAAGCCCUGCACUCAGUAUUUGUGAAUCAGAAAAUACUUGGAAACAUGGUUCUUUUUUUAGACAUGGUUCUCCCUGUAUUUAUGGAGAGAGAAGUAGUGUCCCUUGAAAAUAUUGUAAAACAUCUUGAUUUUUUGACAAUGUCAUGGAUAAAAGAGAACCCCCUCUCCACCCCUCCUCUGCACCCCACCCCCUUCCCCUUCCCUGAACUCAUCCACCCCAAAUGUCAAAUAUAAAAUAAACUCCCUUUUCCCCUUUUUGCAAAUCUGUAUAUUUGUAUAGUGUGCACAUGUACUACAGUUUGUGUGAGUACAAUGUUUAAAAUCUUAAACACAUACUUGUGUGUCACGAAAGCUAAAAGAACAACAUCGAAAAAAAUGUUUCCAACUAUUUUCUGGUUUACAAGACAAUAUGCUUAUUUUGGCUGAGCUUUCAUGACUUCAUCAUUUGCUGUAUAUGUUUGAAUUCCCCAUCUAUGUCACUUGUUCUCCUAUAAGUGACUGGUACAUGUGUAUUGAUGAAAUAAUUGUAUAUCCUAUAAAGCAAUGAUAUCAGUGUAAUUAUAUGGUAGACUAUCAGUUGUUUCCUGACUUAUAAGAGUAUUAGGAGGUAAUUACAGCAUGUAAGUAUAUUAUAUACUGUAUGAAAUACCAGGAGCACAAUGUAAAUUUUAAGAUGUGUUAUGAGGUAUACACCGUGUUAUCAGGUAUACAUUCUGAAAUAUCAUGUUCACUGUUUUAUCAGGUAUACACUCCGAAAUAUCAGACAUACACCCUGAAAUACCUGGUAUACUCUGUUACCAGGUUUACUCUGUGUUACCAGGUAUACACUCUGAAAUAUCAGUCAUACACCCUGAAAUACCUGGUAUACUCUGUUACCAGGUUUACUCUGUGUUGCCAGGUAUACACUCUGAAAUAUCAGACAUACACCCUGAAAUACCUGGUAUACUCUGUGCUAUCAGGUUUACUCUGUGUUACCAGGUAUACACUCUGAAAUAUCAGACAUACACCCUGAAAUACCUGGUAUACUCUGUUACCAGGUUUACUCUGUGUUGCCAGGUAUACACUCUGAAAUAUCAGUCAUACACCCUGAAAUACCUGGUAUACUCUGUGCUAUCAG